AUGGCCUCUCAUAUCAGAGGUAACUUGACGGAAGAACAAUUAAAGAGGAUAGAAGCAAAUAGAAAAAGAGCGUUGGAACGUUUGCAACAAAAAAAGAAAAAAGAUGCUGGUGAACAUGUGCCUUCAUCAACUCCGAAAAGCACCUCCACCACCACGACAAAAGAGACUGGUUCUUACAGUCCAACUAAAACAUUGAGCCAAAUUGUCAAUUCAGAUUCAGUCCAGGUUCUGUCUAAAUUUGUGGAAAUUGAAACAGACGGUAGUGUGAAGAAACGACGCGUGCUAACGGAAGAACAGAGACAGAAGAUCGAACAGAAUAGACUAAGGGCAAUAGAAAUUCAAAAGAAUCUCAAGCAAAGGGAAAACCAGAAAGAUGAUAGCACCACAAGUUCUAAGCCGGUAGACAAUAUCCGGUUGAACCAGAACCGUCCUGAUUCAGUGGUUAGUUCUACCAAAAAGUUCCAACCUCCUCCUAUUCGCAAACAAGAUUAUAUUGAAUUCGAUUUUGCCACCAUGAAGGAUACGAAAGGUGGGUUCCUUCAGGACGAAAAGACAAACACUCAAGGAGCAGAUGAACAAACAUUGCAAGAUUGGAAAAAUAAGCAGAGAGAACUACAAAAAAUUAGAGAGUUGCCACCUCCAAUAGAUUUGCAGAAUAUUCCCCGCUGCCGUGAAUGUCAAUCCAUGGAGGUGGAUGCAAACUUGAUGACAAAUUUCAAUGUGCGAGCUUGCCGAAAGUGCAUCAAAGCUCUUCCUGAAAAAUACUCGUUGCUUACAAAGACUGAAUGUAAAGAGGAUUAUUUGCUCACGGAACCAGAACUUCAAGAUACGACACUACUUCCUCGAAUAGAGAAACCCAACCCUCAUGGAUACAGUAGGAUGCAGUUAUUUGUUAGAUUUCAGGUUGAAGAAUUUGCAUGGAAAAAAUGGGGAGGCCCUGAGGAACUUGACAAGGAAUGGGAGAGACGUGAAGAGAACAAGGUCAAACGUAAAGAAAAGAAAUACCACGACCAACUCCGUGAAAUGAGAAAAAGAACUAGGGCAGAGGAGUAUACCCGAAAAUUGAGAGAUGGCAAAUCGUUAGGGGAGAGACAUGUGCAUGAUUGGUCUUCGCCCGUGAAUAUAGACAAACACACAAUCAAGCGGAGAUGUAUUGACUGUGGUAUUGAGACAGAAGAAGUGGUGAUAUGA